AUGAACAACAAUAAUGUUACGGAAGCAACGUCAAGGGCACAGAUACGGCCUUAUUAUGAUCCCGAUUCUUUCAAUGCUGGGUAUAGCGCUGUUUUCAAGCCCGAUGAGGGUGUAGUAGAUCCGCACGGAUACACAAUUGCUUCUAAGCUAAACGUUAUCAACUCAUCUCCAACUACAAAGAGAAUGGCUAAUGCAUUGUUUAAAAGCUCCCCAAUGAAGAAAUUGUCAAAUUCAGUUAACGAUGGAUUGUCACUGGAGGGAAGUAAUGGCGAAAUAACUGGCCUGAAUAAUUUUGAAUGGGCGGAAUUGGUUAACAUCCAGAAAUGGCGAAAAAUAUUUGAACAACUGCUGGAUAUGUUUUUCAGAAAGUAUUUUCAAUUGCUCAUUCAACAGCCCUUUGAUGUAGCAAGACUACUUAUCCAAGUAGGUGAGUUUAAAAUCUUCAAAACUACAGUUGACACGAAUAAACCUCAAGCACCAAUAAUUUUGCGGGAUGAAGAAGGAGAUGGCGCUGCGAGAGAAGGAGAAGAAGAUGCUUACGAUGAGGAGGAGAUAGAUUUCUUUCCCAUAGAAAGGAAGAUCGCCGAGGCAAACUCUACUGCGCCUAUUAUGGCCGAAGAAACUGAUCAUUCACAUCAUGAACCUACUGAUAUAUCCUUGACUAUUGCACCACAGUCCCUACAUACAAUUGACGUAAUCAACGCCCUAUUUGAUCAGGAGGGUAUUCGUGGUCUAUGGAAGGCCAACAACACGACUUUUAUUUACAACUUUCUUUCCCUAAGCAUAGAUACUUGGUUCACAGGAUUACUCUCGUCUUUUUUGGGUGUCCCUGACCCAUAUUUUAUGGAGGUCAUCAACUCUCCUGAUAUUUCUAAGUCCUUCAUUUUAGCCUUAGGCGCGGGAGUAUUUACCAGUAUUAUAUUAUUACCUGUGGACCUGAUAAGAACUAGAUUGAUAGUUACAUCAUUCAAAAAAAAGAAGAAUGUCAAGACAGAUGGAAAGAAUAUGGUUACUAAUACUAGAAGCUUGAGGCAGUUAAUCAGAUGCUGGUCAUGGCGUAAAAACGGAGUUUCCAUUCCAUUAGAUAUGUGGUCCCUAACUAUUCUUCAAUCUAUCAAUAAUAGCUUUUUCAACAAAUUGUUUGAUUUAGUCAUCUACAACCAAUUCCAUAUCGAAAAAUACUCUCAAACCGUCAUGUACAAUACUAUGAAGUUUUUUUCUAAAUCACUUGAACUAUUUAUCAAGUUACCAUUGGAAAACCUGUUACGUCGUUGUCAACUAAACUACUUGUUGAACGAUCAGCGGUUAUCAUUUAAAGUAGAUUCCACUGAAUUGAUAGUAAAGCCAAAAAAAUACAAUGGCAUAUGGGAUGUGAUAAGAAACAAUUCUAAUACAAAUAGAGGCCAACUUUGGAACGGUUGGAAAGUUGGCGUUAUUAGUUUAAUUUGCGGAUAUGGGUUACAAAUGAUGAAUAAAGUUGAUAUCAACAUGGAACAAGAGAAGUUCUGA